AUGGCCUGUCUGAUGGCCGCUUUCUCGGUCGGCACCGCCAUGAACGCCAGCAGCUACUCUGCAGCGAUGACGGAGCCCAAGUCCGUGUGCGUCUCGGUGGACGAGGUGGUCUUGGGCAACAUGGAGGCCACCGAGACGGACCUGCUGAACGGACAUCUGAAGAAGGUGGACAACAACCUCACGGAGGCUCAGCGCUUUUCGUCCCUGCCCCGCAGGGCGGCCGUGAACAUCGAGUUCAAGGACCUCUCCUACUCCGUCCCCGAAGGACCCUGGUGGAGGAAGAAAGGAUACAAGACCCUUCUGAAAGGCAUCUCCGGGAAGUUCAACAGCGGGGAGCUGGUGGCCAUCAUGGGUCCCUCUGGGGCCGGGAAGUCCACACUCAUGAACAUUCUGGCUGGAUACAGGGAGACUGGCAUGAAGGGGGUCGUCCUCAUCAACGGCCUGCCCCGGGAUCUGCGCUGCUUCCGGAAGGUGUCCUGUUACAUCAUGCAGGACGACAUGCUGUUGCCACACCUCACUGUGCAGGAAGCCAUGAUGGUGUCUGCACAUCUGAAGCUCCAGGAGAAGGACGAAGGCAGGAGGGAGAUGGUCAAGGAGAUCCUGACGGCUCUGGGCUUGCUGUCUUGCGCCAACACGAGAACCGGAAGCCUCUCGGGCGGCCAGCGGAAGCGCCUGGCCAUCGCACUGGAGCUGGUGAACAACCCUCCCGUCAUGUUCUUCGAUGAGCCCACCAGCGGCCUGGAUAGCGCCUCCUGCUUCCAGGUGGUCUCCCUGAUGAAAGGACUGGCCCAAGGAGGGAGGUCCAUCAUCUGCACUGUCCAUCAGCCCAGCGCCAAGCUCUUCGAGCUCUUUGACCAGCUUUAUGUCCUUAGUCAAGGACAAUGUGUGUACCGGGGAAAAGUCUCAAAUCUUGUGCCAUACUUGAGGGAAUUAGGUCUGAAUUGCCCAACCUAUCACAAUCCUGCUGACUUUGUCAUGGAGGUAGCGUCCGGUGAAUACGGUGACCAGAACAGCCGCCUGGUGAGAGCCGUCCGGGAGGGCAUGUGUGAUUCUGACCACAGGAGAGAGCCUGGGGGGGAUGCCGAGGUGAACCCUUUUCUUUGGCACCGGCCCUCUGAAGAGGACUCCACCUCCAUGGAAGGCUGUCACAGCUUCUCGGCCAGCUGCCUCACCCAGUUCUGCAUUCUCUUCAAAAGGACCUUCCUCAGUAUCAUGAGGGAUUCGGUCCUGACGCACCUGCGGAUCACGUCUCACAUCGGCAUCGGCCUCCUCAUCGGCCUGCUCUACCUGGGGAUCGGGAACGAAGCCAAGAAGGUCCUGAGUAACUCCGGCUUCCUCUUCUUCUCCAUGCUGUUCCUCAUGUUCGCGGCCCUCAUGCCCACCGUUCUCACGUUCCCCCUGGAGAUGGGAGUGUUCCUUCGGGAACACCUGAACUACUGGUACAGCCUGAAAGCCUACUACCUGGCCAAGACCAUGGCCGAUGUCCCCUUCCAGAUCAUGUUCCCGGUGGCCUACUGCAGCAUCGUGUACUGGAUGACGUCACAGCCGUCCGACGCCGUGAGGUUCGUCCUGUUUGCCGCGCUGGGCACCAUGACCUCUCUGGUGGCGCAGUCCCUGGGUCUGCUGAUUGGAGCUGCCUCGACGUCCCUGCAGGUGGCAACCUUUGUGGGCCCUGUGACGGCCAUCCCCGUCCUCCUCUUCUCGGGGUUCUUCGUCAGCUUCGACACGAUCCCAGCUUACCUGCAGUGGAUGUCGUACAUCUCCUACGUCAGGUAG